AUGGCUAUAUCAAGUCUCUACUUCCUGUUGUUCAUCCCGGCCCUCAUCAUCAAUGGGGUAGCAGUCUGGGUCUGCAUGCAACUUCGUUCAACGUCCACCUUCAUGGUGUAUCUGAAGAACCUUCUGGCCGCUGACCUUCUCAUGACCCUGACCAUCCCUGUCAAAGCAGCCAAUAUCCUGCCCAGCGCUCCACUGACUCUGAAGGCCUUUGCCUGUCGCUACUCUGAUGUUAUCUUCUAUCUCUGUAUGUACAUGAGCAUCAUUCUGUUGGGCCUCAUCAGUCUGGACCGCUUCUUCAAGAUCGUCAGGCCCUGUGGCAGGUUGUUGGGUCAGAACCUUGUCUUCGGCAAAGUGCUGGCUGCUUCCAUCUGGGUCGUGCUGUUGUCCACUGCUGUCAUUCCAACCAUGAUCCUGACCAAUCAGGAUCCCACAAACAAGACUAAACUAUUCUGUAUGGCAAUGAAGAGCAAUGCAGGACAAUAUUUCCACAGUGGCGUGGUCAAAUUAAACAACGCAAUCUUCUGGGUGGUGUGUGUUCUUAUUUGUUUCUGCUACAUAUGCAUAGCAAGGAAGGUUUUUCAAUCAUACAGGAAAUCAGGAAGCAGCAAUGACGAAGGGAGGCAUAAGACCAAAGUGCGUGUGUUUUUGGUUCUGGUGGUAUUCCUGACGUGUUUCGGACCCUACCACGCCAUACGGCUCCCCUACACCUUGCUUCAGGUUACCUCAACAACCAGCUGCACUAAGGUUACCUUACAGAUCUCUAAGGAGUUCACCUUGUGGAUGUCAGCCAUGAACAUCUGUCUGGACCCUCUCAUCUACUUCUUCCUGUGUAAGCCCUUCAGGAUCACCCUGUUCAAGACGCUCCGUCUCCCACCUGGGACCUGUAGCUGGCUCACUGGGAGAGGACCCAACACAAUAGAGGAUCAGACCCCAACACAGGAGGGAGACUCCUGUGCCUGUACAGAAAAUUAA